AUGGUACAAAAUGUUGGAGAUGAUACUGCACUAUUUUGUUUCACUGGCGAAGACACUGGCAUUGCAAUUUCCAAGAAGGCAGGAAUGAUCCCUCUUCAGAUGGAGUUGGGUGGAAAAGAUGUCUGCAUUGUGCUGGAGGAUAUUGAUCUUGAUUUGGUUGCAGCAAACAUUAUCAAAGGAGGCUUUUUAUACGGUGGCCGAAGAUACAUAACCAUUAAGGUGGUGGUGGUGAUGGAAUCUAUAGCUGGUGGUGCUCUAGUAGGAAAAAUGAAUGCAGGAGUUGUAAAGCUGAGAGUUGGGCAGCCAGAGGAUGACUGUAACAUCACUCCAGUGGUUACAGAAUCAUCUUCGAAUUUCAUUGAAGGACUUGUCAUGGAUGCCAAAGAGAAAGGAGCAACCUUUUGCCCGGAAUGGGUUUACCUCAUUUGGCCCUUGCUUCUAGAUAAUGUAAGAGCUGAUAUGAGGACUGCAUGGGAAGAGCCAUUUGGAUUUGUUCUUCCAGUUAUCAAGAUCAAUUCUAAUGAAGAAGGAAUCCAUCGUUGCAAUGCUAGCAAUUAUAAAAUCCAAGGUUGUGUGUUCAUAAAGAACAUCAAUAAAGUUGUGUUGCUAAGUGAUGCAACGGAGACCGGAACAGUUCAAAUCAACUCUGCACCAGCUUAUGAUCCAGAUCAUUUUCCUUUUCAGAGCUUGAAGGACAAUGGAAUUGCAUCACAAGGCAAAACCACCGGCAUUAACAUGAUGAUCAAAGUCAAGAGCACUGUCAUCUGCUUUCCAAGUCCUUCUUACACCAUGGGAAGUUCAGGAUCU